AUGAGCUCCAAACGCCCAGAUGCCUCCUCUUCCUCCCACGACAUUGAGAUCGGUGGUCCCAGCGAGACGGAUUCUCUGCUCGACAGGGGCCGUACACGAGUGACGCGCUUCUUUCACGGCUUCGUAGACUUUGCAUUUCAGGGAAACAUUUUGCAGAUUGCGUUUGGUUUAAUCCUCGCCGCUGCUUUCACAGACCUCGUCAAAUCCUUCGUCAGCGCAAUCCUCAUGCCCCCCAUCUCCGUCAUCCUCCCCAUCAACAAAAAUAUUGAAGAAAAGUUCGCCGUCCUCCGCCCCGGCCCCAAAUACAAUGCCUCCUCACCCGCCGGGGGCUACAACACACUCCACCAGGCGCAAGCCGACGGCGCCGUCGUCAUGGCCUACGGAUCUUUUAUCUACCAGAUGGUGUCGUUUACCUUGAUGGGCUUUUCGCUCUACGGGCUGGCACACGUGUAUACGCUUGUUUCGCAUGAUCCUAUUAUCAAGUAUUCCAAGAAAUGCCCAUAUUGUUUGAAGCGGAUUAAUAAAAAGUCUCGUCGAUGUAUCAACUGCAGCAGCUGGCUUGACGGCAGAGAAGACAUUGAUACCACGCCCCGAACCACGCAGCGCGACACUGACUAA